CGGCCCCCUGGCCGGUUCAAGCAACCAGCAGGGAGGACACCUUCUGGGCUCAAGCCAACUUGGCUCAAGGCCAUAGUGUGAUCAAGCCGCCGUGAUGCAUCUUCUUCUCGGAUGCAAGACAUCAUUCGACGGUCUCGAGAAGGUGCUGUUUCACUCGAAGUGGCAAUCAAGGAGUGCGGCCGGACAAAACGAUGGAACGCAGCACUGCAGUUGCUCCGCGAAGGAGUGCAGUUGGGUGUGCAGCCCUCCCCAGGCCACUGCACUGCUGUUGCGAGCAUAUGCAGAAAAGGUGGGCAAUGGCAACACGCACUGUCGCUGCUCGGCGAGAUGUGGGAGGCGAAGCUGGCGCCCAACGUCAAACAUACUUGAGCUACAACUCCGGGAUCAGCGCGUGCGAGAAAGGCGAGCAGUGGCAGGGGGCUCUGGCGCUUCUCAGGGAGAUGCGGGAGGCGAAGCUGGAGCCCAAUGUCUCAGCUACAGCGCUGGGAUCAGCGCGUGCGGGAAGGGCGAACAGUGGCAGCGGGCGCUGGCAUUGUCCAGCGAAAUUUGGGAGAGGAAGCUGGAGCCCAACGUCAUCAGUUUCAGCGCUGGUAUCAGCGCGUGCGAGAAGGCCGAGCAGUGGCAGCCAGCUCUUGCGCUGCUCAGCGAGAUGUGGGAGGCGAAGUUGGCGCCCGACUCAGCGCCAAUACUGGAAUCAGCGCGUGCGGGAAAGGCGAGCAGUGGCAGCGGGCGCUGGCGCUGCUCAGCGAGAUGCGGGAGGCGAAGCUGGAGCUGAACGUCUUCAGCUACAGCGGAGGGAUUAGCGCGUGCGGCAAGGGCAAGCAGUGGCAGCGGGCGCUGGCGCUGCUCAGCGAGAUGCGGGAGGCAAAGCUGGAUCCCGAUUCAGCUAUAACGUUGGGAUCAGCGCGUGCGAGAAGGGCGAGCAGUGGCAGCGAGCCUUGGCGCUGCUCGGCGAGAUGCGGGAGGCGAAGCUGGAGCCAAACUCAGCUACAGCGCUGGGAUCAGCGCGUGCGAGAAGGGCGAGCAGUGGCAGCGGGCUCUGGGGCUGCUCAGCGAGAUACGGGGGGCGAAGCUGGAGCCCAACGUCACCUGUCAACUACGGCGCUGGGAUCAGCGCGUGCAACAAGGGCGUGCAGUGGCAGCGGGCCCUGGCGCUGCUCAGCGAGAUGUGGGAGGCGAAGCUGGAGCCCGACGUCAUCAGCUACAACGCUGGGAUCAGCGUUUGCGAGAAGAGCGAUCAGUGGCAGCGGGCUCUGGCGCUGCUCAGCGAAGUGUGGGAGACGAAGCUGGAGCCCGACUCAGCUACAGCGCUGGGAUCAGCGCGUGCGAGAAUGGCGAUCAGUGGCAGCGGGCUCUGGCGCUACUCAGCGAGAUGCGGGUCGCGAAACUGGAGCCCGACCCCUGGUCAGCUACAACGCUGGGAUCAGCGCGUGCGAGAAGGGCAAGCAGUGGCAGCGGGCUCUGGCGCUGCUCAGCGAGAUGUGGGAGGCGAAGCUGGAGCCCGACGUCUUCAGCUUCGGCUCUGGGAUCAGCGCGUGCUGUAAGGACGAGCAGUGGCAGCGGGCCCUGGCGCUGCUCGGCGAGAUGCGGGUCGCGAAGCUGGAGCCCGACGUCUUCUAUAUUACAAUGCCGGUCGCAGCGCGUGCGAGGUGACCGGCAGUGGCUCGGGGCCGCUCCCGAUGUCGUGGACGGAGUCCACGGGUAACCCCUUGUCAGCUACAACGCUGGGAUCAGCGCGUGCGAGAAAAGCGAGCAGUGGCAGCCGGCGCUGGCGUUGUUGAGCGAGAUGUGGGAGGCGAAGCUGGAGCCCAAUGUCAUUGGCUACAGCGCUGGGAUCAGCGCGUGCGAGAAGGGCCGGCAGUGGCAGCGGGCGCUGGCGUUGUUGAGCGAGA